CAACACACUUCCCCGGCAAAAUUUUCGCGGGACUUUCAGCUUCCUGUUAUCUUCUGUCUGUACACAGGCUGUGUUCAAGACUCAACGCACGCAUUCUAUCAUCGACCUUAGACUGAAUAGAAUUUGCUAACGAUGAGUGAGGACACGAAUGAGGAGACAUCUCACUUAAAUGGGACACAGAAUGAAGUGCUGUUGGGGAAGAGAGACGACUACCUGGAGUGGCCUGAGUAUUUUAUGGCAGUGGCCUUCCUCUCUGCCCAGAGGAGUAAGGACCCUAGCUCCCAGGUUGGUGCCUGCAUCGUGAACCCGGAGAAUAAGAUUGUGGGCAUCGGGUACAAUGGAAUGCCCAACGGCUGCAAUGAUGACCUGCUGCCCUGGGCUCGCUCGGCUGCUGAUCGAUUGGACACCAAAUAUCCCUAUGUGUGCCACGCGGAGCUGAACGCCAUCAUGAACAAGAACUCAGCGGAUGUGAAGGGCUGCAGCAUGUAUGUGGCCCUGUUCCCCUGCAACGAGUGUGCCAAGCUCAUCAUCCAAGCAGGUAUAAAGGAUGUGAUUUAUUUGUCCGACAAGUACCACAGCUCACCAGAAAUGACUGCCUCCAGACGACUCCUUAACUUGGCGGGAAUCAAAUACAAACAAUUUGUGCCGCGUUGCACCAAGAUUGUCAUUGAUUUUAAUUCAAUUAACCACUCGGGAGAGAAGAGCCUGAAUGGGUGAGCGUGGUCUCCUUGAGCGGGUGGCGGCGGCGGCGGCACCGGCACCUCUUUGAUGGCCCUCUCCGCGGCGGCCCUGUCCCAGCGUCACCACAACCACACCGCACACAAGCACCGCAUCUGAAGAAGCACCUCUGACUUUGAGACGGCGUGGAAUGUUUUGAUAUUUUCCUUUUAACACGCCGCUGCUUUUUUUGUAUGCUAAUUGGUUCUGGGGUGUGUGUGUGUGUGUGUGUGUGUGUGUGUGUGCGUGUGUGUGUGUGCCUGAACUUCUGACACCAGCUGUAAAUAAACAAGUGGGAAUUGGGAGGUGGCAUUGGAGUCGGAUUUUACUUCUUUUUUUUUUUUUACUUUUAAAGAAACUUUUUAAGACUUUUUUUUUUUAAAGCCUUGAAAUGUAAUAAGUGUCAACAUUGCUGUAAACCUAAGUAAAGCUGUCAGUAGCACACAGUUUGUCCACCUCAGUUACAUUGUAAAUGAAUGGGUUUGUGUCUGUUUUUAGGCUCUUGGACUACAUUUUUAUAACGGUAGGUAUAAUGUGAUUACAUAUAAUCUUCUUCCAGGUUUAUCGCUGAACUACUGUAUUUUUUUAAAUUGUUACUUUCAACUCCUAACAGCCAAGUUCAGAUGUACAUUGAAAAACCUUUCUUUUGUCCACUAUGAAUGCAUUGAUGUAAAUGAUGAUUCUCAUUCAGACCUCACAUAUUGCAUAUCUGAUUGUAAAUCCAACAUACUCACUCACAAAAUAUAUCUUCAGUGGGACAUUGCAGCUGUUAUGAAAUAAACUAAACCAAAUCACA